GGUUAUGUGAGGCGGUCACACUGCCAGCCGAGUUGUUCCCACGGUCCGAAUUGAAUUUUAAGAUUUUUCCGACAAAGAAAAUGCAGAAAAGCUGAAAGUGUAAGGGAAAAGCCCACUGACUGAUUGCGAACUAGCCGAGCACGCUUAGCUAAGGCGUUUUUCCCAUUGUCCGUCCGGGGAAAGCGAGGAAAUCGUUAAUUUCGGGGCGGCGUCCCCCCCGCAGAGCGAGACAGCAAGAGAGGGUGGAACAGGAGGAGGAGGAGGAAGAGAAGGAGGAGCAGGAUCUGGAGGAUAAAUCUCAAAAGCAAUGACCACCCAGCGGACGCAGGCGAGGAAUGCGGUCAAUUCCGAUUCCGACUAUGAGACACUCAUGCAGCGCCUUCACAUCGGCGGCAGCAGUGGUGGUGGGGGAGGGGCAGCGGGCGUAGGCGGUGCCCCUGGAGAUGGGGGCGCGGCCGCCAUGAGGAGCUACCAAUGCUCGCCCGGCGCCAUCGAGAACUUUGUGCAGGAAUGCCACCAGCAGCAACAACAGCAUCAUCAAAUGCACCACCUGCACCACAACCAGGACUACAAGUUGUACGAACGCGGCAACAUCAUAGCCGCCUCCAAGUACGCCACGCCCCGUCCGGUGGAGCAGCUGCAGCUGCAGCAGCAGCACGUCCACAAUGGGAGUGCCCACAUCUAUGCACCCACCGCCCAGAUUUUGGGUCAGCGGAUUGCCCCCCAGAAACACUCGCCGGUGUACGAGAAUCUGGAGUUCUACGGCCAGUUCGAUUCGAACCACAAGCGGGCACAGCCCCAAAGUCCCGGCAGCAGGCAGAGCGCCAUGCUGAACGACUAUCUGCUGAUGCAGCCCAUCGGGGCUGGGCGAUUUGCACACACCCCAGUGCCAGAGAAUCCGGGCACUGGCGCGGGAGGAGGAGGAGCAGCAGGCAGGGGCGCAGGCAGCGGUCGAUCUGCGGCCCUGGGACCCACUGGCGACCUGGAGGAGCACGCUGCCCCCAUCUACGAGAACAUCAUUCCCCAUUCCGGCCAGCGGGCACAGCCGCAGGCCUCGCCGGCCACCGCCACCAUGUACCAGGAGAUGCAGCCCACGUCCAACUCCUCGGGCGGUUCGUCCACGGCCGGCCUGGAUCUCAAUGCGCUGCUGGCCUCGCCCAUGCACCAUCAGCGCAGCAUCAGCAGCAAUACGGCCAGCGCCAGCUCCCUGGGAUCGCCCACGCAGCGGUAUAGGAACCUAUCGCUGCCCAGCCACCUGAGUCCGGUGCCCACGACCCAGUCGGUGGCUAAACUGCAACAGCACACACCGAUUAAGUCGCCCAGUGGCGCCAUCAAUGUCUCCGUGAAUCCCAAUUACAUAGAGGACAUCAACAGCUCCGACUAUGUGUGCAUGACGGCGAAUCUGCACAGGAAUACGCCAGCGGGAUUGGCCACUGGCCGGGCGGCAGCAACGGGAGCCACUGCCCAGCGGACCGUCCAGGAACCAGCCACGAUAUCAUCAUCCUCCCUGGCCAUGGGCAUGGCCACGCCAGCGGCGCCAGCAUCCACAUCCAGUGCAGCGGCGGCGCCCACAGCUGCGCAAGCUGCACAACCACCGCAGUCCACCGCCUCCUUGAGGGCCACGCCCAUCGCGAUGACAGCCCCUCUGGCGGUGGCCACAUCACCCACACCCUCGCAGGGCAGCACAGCCGUUAAUGCUGCCUUGAAACCCAGGAGAGGUCUCACCAAGAAUCUUCUGCCGUACAGCGUCACCCCGCCGCGUCCGGCUGGACCGACAGAGGCGCAGCGCAAGAUCGAGGAACUCACCCGCCAGCUGGAGGAGGAGAUCGAGCAGAGCGAGGAGCACGGCGAAUACUUUGGCAUUUGCCACACCUGCGGGGAGAAGGUGAAGGGUGCCGGUCAGGCCUGCCAGGCCAUGGGCAACCUCUACCACACCAACUGCUUCAUCUGCUGCUCCUGCGGACGGGCGCUGCGAGGCAAGGCCUUCUACAAUGUGCACGGGCGGGUCUAUUGCGAGGAGGACUAUAUGCAAUCAUUGUUGCAGUAUUCGGGCUUCCAGCAGACGGCGGAAAAGUGCGCCAUCUGCGGCCACUUAAUCAUGGAAAUGAUCUUGCAGGCCAUGGGCAAGUCGUAUCAUCCUGGCUGCUUCCGGUGCUGUGUGUGCAAUGAGUGCUUGGACGGGGUGCCCUUCACUGUGGACGUGGACCACAAGAUCUACUGCGUCAACGACUACCAUCGAAUGUUUGCGCCCAAGUGCGCCAGCUGUGGCAAAGGCAUCACCCCCGUCGAGGGCACCGACGAGACCGUGCGUGUGGUCUCGAUGGACAAGGACUUCCACGUGGACUGCUACAUCUGCGAGGAGUGCGGCAUGCAGCUGACCGACGAGCCGGACAAGCGCUGCUACCCGCUGGACGGGCGCCUGCUCUGCCGCGGCUGCCACCUGCAGCGUCUGGCGCUGCAGUCCUCGCCGCAUGCCCGCCACCAGGAGCCCGUCUGCGCCUCGUACCAGUACAUGGGUUGAGCGGCCCCGCUCCGACCUCCACCCGCCACCUUUGACUGAGUGUCGCGACCGGAAUCCGCAGAACAACAGAACAAAACUAUCGCAAUCAACUUAUUCCAAUUAACAAUAUUAUCUUAAACACAAGCAGAAAUGAAAACAAAUGCAUUUAUACGAAACGAUCGAUAAGUAACGUGGCUUUUUUUUAUUAUUUUUAUGGCAAUGCAUGAGGAUCUCCCAAACGGAUCUAUUAGAAAAUAUGUAAUGGAUUUCUAAACGAACAUCUCGGACAAUUGGCAGUACUAUUUUCAUAUACUAUUUUGUGUGUUUUGUAAAUGUCCUGGGGUGUUCCCGAUACCUCGCGAGGUUUCUUAGCAAGAGCAACCGGUGUCUCAAACAAUGCAAUAAAUUAUUUUAUUCUGAUUUAACAAA